AAUAAAAAAGGGAAUCCAUUACUAAACCCUCCUUUGAUCCCAUAAUCCAAACUUAUCUUGACAAUCCACACCCAUAUAUUGUGAAGAAGAUGAUGAUCUCCAAACACAAAAACAAUCAAGAAUCUCAUCAAUCCUCCAUUAAUGACAACCUCCCAAUCUCAAGAACACCUUCACUUUGUUCUCAUCCCCAUGAUGUCUCAAAGCUAUCUAAUUCCAAUCAUAGACUUCGCCAAACUACUAUCAAAAUCCAACUUAACCAUCUCCAUAAUAACCACCCCAAUCACUGCCCAUCGUUACCAACCCACAAUCGACCAUGCCCGGAGCUCCGGCCACAAGAUCCAACUCAUCCCUCUUCCAUUUCCUUCUAAAGAAGCUGGUCUACCCGAAGGAUGUGAAAGCAUGGACUCACUUACUUCUCUUGACCUAGUUCGUAAUUUCUUUAUAGCCACUUAUAUGCUUCAAAACCCAAUUGAAAACUUAAUUGCUUCCAUGGAUCCACCUGCAAGCUGCAUAAUUACAACAAAUACCCUCCCAUGGGUUGCGAAAAUUGCUCAAAAAUUCAAUCUCCCUCGUUUCAUCUUCCAUCAUAUAUCCUCAUUUGCUCAUCUUUGUUCUCAUCAAAUCUCUCUUACCAAAAUUGACUUAAGUACCAAAUCUGAUACCGACCCGUUUCUUGUCCCGGGUUUACCUGAUCCAAUUCAUUUGACUCGUGCUCAAUUGCCUGAUGCCGCCAGGAGCGAGAUGACCGACAUGAAGCGCGCCAUGGACGAAAUGAAGGCGGCGGAGAUCUCCUCCGACGGAGUAAUCAUCAAUAGCUUCGACGAAUUGGAAUUAAGAUAUGCUGAGGGAUACAGUAAAGUCGUCAAGAAGGUUUGGUGCGUCGGACCGGUAGGCCGCGUCGCGGCCUCCUCCUCCGUCGCCGACGAAGAACACUAUUGCUUGAAAUGGCUAAAUUCAAAACAAGAUAGAUCAGUUAUCUACGUUUGUUUCGGAAGUUUAUGUCAUAUAACAACAACUCAACUAAUCGAACUAGGUUUAGGUCUCGAAUCAUCAAAUAAACCAUUUAUAUGGAUCAUAAGAAAAGAAAACAAUUCAAACGAUCUAAACAAAUGGUUAAAACAAUUCGAAGAAAGGAAUACAGGAAGAGGAUUAGUGAUCAAAGAAUGGGCACCUCAAGUAAUGAUACUAAACCACAAGGCGGUUGGAGGUUUCUUGACGCAUUGUGGUUGGAAUUCAGUAAUGGAAGGUGUAUGUGCUGGAGUUGUGAUGAUUACUUGGCCGAUGUUUGCUGAGCAGUUUUAUAAUGAACAACUUUUGAUUGAAGUUUUGAAGAUUGGUGUGAGAGUUGGUGUGGAUGUUAGUGUUAAAUGGGGGGAUGAUCAUGGAUUAGGGUUGUUGGUGAAGAAGGGAGAUGUGAAGAAGGGGGUGUUGGAGUUGAUGGAGGAUGGUGGUGAAGGGAGGGAGAGAAGGAGAAGGGCGGAAUUGAUUGGGGAAAUGGCGAAAAUGGCGAUUGAAGAAGGUGGAUCUUCUUUUUUGAAUGUUCGGUUGUUUAUUCAACAUGCUAUUAUGGUGAUUAAUCAGAAGAAAAUUUGCAGUGAUUACAAUGCAUGUAUUCAUUAA